CAACACUCCUAGGUCCUAGCAGCCUUUUUUCCAACUCCGAAAGAAAACCGCUUCGUGCAGUUCAAAAAUCAGUCUCUCUCUCUGCAAUCUCUCUCUCUCAUUGUUCAACACAGCUUCGUCAAUCGAAACUACAAAUCCAAUCUAAUUCGUGGACAGCAUCGGUACUCAUUUUCUGAUUAAUCGGAAAAUAUAUGGAAAUGGAGGCGUGUCAGAAGAUUGAUCUUGAAUUCGAAGACGACGGUCUCAUCGACGACAAGAUGUUUUCAGGAGGAUUGCUUACUGAGAAUGAAGGUGAUGAUGGUCUUAUUAGUGAGUUUGACAACAUGCCCGAAAUGUGUGAAUCAGCAGAACCUCAACAAAACCAGAAAAACGGGAGAUAUAAUUUGCGUAAAAGUCUGGCUUGGGACAGUGCUUUCUUCACUAGUGCAGGAGUGCUAGAUGCGGAAGAGUUGUCAACCAUAAUGACAGGAGCAGAUAAGGGAGAGAAACAUAUGUUACCAGGAAUUGAAGAGGAAAUUACGGGGUCAACUGAGUCACUUUCCACUCUUGGAAGUGAUACUUUGACGAUGGAAACUAUUGAGGAAGACUUGUUUGUGGACAUCAGAGCUUCCAUUCAAAGAUCUAGUAAGAAGGCAUUGAAUUUGAGAAUGUCAAACAGUGAGGCAUCUGCUGUGGGGAUAGAUAGCACAGCCAUUUCAUCGUUGAAGAAGGAAGACACUAUCUCCCAAAUUACGAACCAAAAACCAGGUUUAAAGAAAACCAGUAGCCUGUCAACUAUUAGGAUGUCUAAAUGUCGGGAAAAACAAAAUAUUGGAAAGUUAGAAACAUGGAAAGCAACCAAGCAGGAUUAUGUUCACUCACAGGUGAAACAGGGAUAUGCAUUUGCUUUGAUAUGCUGUGCUUCUUCUCUGCUGUUUCUUUCUACUAAAGGGACUCAACCAACAAAAGUAUUAUCCUCCUUAGGUGGUGCUAGAAGGGCAUCAUCAUCAGGUAGUUCUUUGCUGCCCUCUUCAACUCAAAAUUCCGUGCAGUCGAGAAGGUCCUCCACCUCAAGUAACAGUUCAAGUAACAUCUCAUCAAAAAUAAAUCCAGUUAAAUCUAAUCUAAUGCCGGCGAGAAGGAAUACAGGUAAGACCAGCAAUAUCGGUACCGGUCCUUCUGCUUCCAUCCCUAAAAAAGUUCCUUCAAGAGCUACUCCAAAGACCAAAUUGCCAUCAACAUUAUCCAAGAUUUCCUCGAAUGUCUCUCCGGCUCGUUCAAUUAGUGAGUGGUCUUCGGUAUCGUCAUCAUCAUCAUCUUCAAUGGUCAGCCAGAAGUUCAGUAACUCCGCAAACAGUAUAGAUACCAGUUCUUGUAGGUCUGCAGAUAGCGAUUUAAUUCCUUUGGAUCCAACGAAUCCUUCAGUGGGUGAAACUGCUGACGGGCCUGAAUAUCAUGAGGUUAUUUUAACAAGUGAAAACUCAAAGAAGCCGACAUCACAAACUGGCGGCAAACUUCAUACUCCGGGAAAGCCGUCAGGAUUGCGAAUGCCAGCCCAUAAAUUUGGAUUUUUUGACGGGGUGAAGUCAUCUGUUAACUCUCCUAAUAGGCAUCAACAACAGUCUCCAUCUGCAGUGCAGAACAAGUUCCCCAAGAAUGGACCUUCUUCUAUAGGCAUUCCAGUUAGAAGCUCUAUCAGCAAACUUAAGACUGUUAAUGCUAAGGUCUCAACACCUAAAACAGUUACUUUUCAAAUACAACCGAUAUCCUCUCGUGACGAAAAAUCAACCGACAUAAAAGAUUCUCCCAACUUGUGUCUCGGAGUUGAAGUUAGUAUUGCAUCUGAAGGAACUUUUCAAGACCAAGAAAAUGCUGAGACUGAAGAUCGAGCAGAGCAAGUAUUUGAAAAUACAGGUGCGGUUAGUAGUAUCAAGGAGAGUUUAGAUGCUUUGAAAAUUGAAGGUGGUGAUGUGGCGGUUAAUGAAAAUUGCAGAGUGCCCUUAGCUCCGGUGAAUUCUUUCGUCUGCAGUGAAAAUGCUGAUGUGGCGAAAGAGUCGGUUGUCCAGGUUGUGGAUAAGGCAGGGAUUAUAUUGCCUGCUUUUCAGCAGAAAGAGAACUGUUAAGUAUAAGGGGGUUUGUUUUGGGUUUGUUUUUAAGUACGCGUGUAGGUUGGCCAAUCGAAGGUCAGUUGGGGCUUCAGCCAUCGGUUGCUUAUAGUGCAAUGUGCUGAAGAAAAAUAAAGACAGUGGUUGUCUACUUAAAGUUACGCACUUUCAUUCGCAGACGUCAGGUACUCGGGUUGUAUUGUCUUACGAGAAAUGUACUUUUAGAAACCGAUUUCGAGCUUCUACGUUUGGUCUUUUGAGCCUAAGAGUAUUGAAAUUACUCAAACAAUAGAGCUUGGAGACCUUUAUAUAUGAGCCCUUAAAAGUGUUUAACUACUGAUUUGGACGAGUUGCAAUUGCUAGACGUUCGUUCACCAUCAGUUGGCAAAACAUAUAUAUAAUCCAUAGUUGAUGAUGGAAAUGAGAGCAGAAUUUACGUUUGCACGAGUUAUUAGUGGACACAGAAAUUACCGGCACCAUAUUUUUUUUUACCUAUUAAAUUUUCAAGAUGGUACCAGAUGAAC